AAUUCAAUUCUACCAUAAUGUCGGCUCCUAAGCAACGCUCAAAAUUUUUCUCUUUUUCUUUAAAGCUAUGAAUAUUGUGAUAUAUUAUGUGAUCUUCUUACAUUUUUUCGUGUCAUUUCUGUUAUUAAUAUUUUAUUAUACAAAUAGGUUAUAUCUAAUAAAACUGGUGACCUAAUAGAAAUACAGGUUCUGGUGUAAUUAAAGCAGGAUUUGCUGGCGAUCAGAUACCAAAAUGCAGAUUUCCAAACUAUAUUGGCAGACCCAAACACGUACGGGUUAUGGCUGGUGCUUUAGAAGGAGAUCUUUUUGUGGGCCCAAUAGCAGAGGAACAUCGUGGUCUUUUAUCUCUUCGUUAUCCAAUGGAACAUGGAGUUGUUACAGAUUGGAAUGACAUGGAAAGAAUUUGGUCUUAUGUUUAUAGUAAAGAUCAAUUAGCAACAUUUAGUGAAGAACAUCCAGUUUUGUUAACAGAAGCACCGCUUAAUCCAAGAAAAAAUAGGGAAAAAGCUGCAGAAAUAUUCUUUGAUACAUUCAAUGUUCCAGCUUUGUUUGUUUCAAUGCAAGCUGUUCUUAGUCUAUAUGCCACAGGGCGGACUACAGGAGUAGUUUUAGAUGCUGGAGAUGGUGUCACACAUGCAGUACCUAUUUAUGAAGGUUUUGCUAUGCCUCAUAGUAUUAUGAGAGUUGAUAUAGCAGGACGUGAUGUCACAAGGCACCUCCGGCUUCUUCUACGUAAAGAGGGUAUUAAUUUCAGAACUACAGCAGAAUUUGAAAUUGUUAGAACAAUUAAAGAAAGAGCAUGCUAUCUUGCUAGUAACCCUCAAAAAGAAGAAACUAUUGAAACAGAAAAAUUCCAAUAUAUAUUGCCUGAUGGAAGUUACUUAGAGAUUGGACCAGCACGGUUUAGAGCUCCUGAAGUGCUCUUUAGACCAGACUUAAUUGGAGAAGAAUGUGAAGGACUUCAUGAAGUAUUAACAUAUUCCAUUCAGAAAUCUGAUUUAGAUCUAAGAAAGGUAUUAUUCCAAAACAUUGUCUUAUCAGGAGGAUCUACAUUAUUCCGCGGAUUUGGUGAUAGAUUACUAUCCGAGAUUCGUAAAAUGGCACCGAAAGAUAUAAAAAUUAGGAUAUCAGCUCCUCAAGAACGAUUAUAUAGUACUUGGAUUGGAGGUUCUAUUUUAGCUUCUUUAGAUACUUUCAAGAAGAUGUGGGUUAGUAAAAGAGAAUAUGAAGAGGAUGGUAUUAGAGCAAUUCAUCGUAAAACAUUUUGAACUUAAUUUAGGAAGAUUUAUGAUGUUAUGUCAAAUAAUUUAAGUACAACACAUAAAUAAUGGCACAGUCGGCACAAAAAUCGACAUGUACCGUAUUUACCAUGCUCUUUGAAUGCUUUUAAUACUGCAAUUUUAAGAAACUGUUGCUUUAACUGUUCUUUUUUAAUGAAAAUAUAUUCCAAGGGAUCAUAAAAUGUCGUAUUUAACGAAUUAAAAAGAAACGUAAUGCAAAAACAGUGUAAUAUGAUUUAUUUUAUACUUCGAAAGUUUAUGUAAAACUUUUAAUAUGCAAAUAUUUAUUUAGUCAUAGUUUUAAAAUAAAAGUUUUAUUAUAUUUUUAAA